AUGGUAACCAAAGUAAGUUUUUUGAACAAAUAUAAUAAGUCAUACAAUAGUUUCUUUUGGACAAAUGUUGCCGCAAAUAAGAAUAGAUAAACUUCCUUGGAAGGUUGGACAUUGGAUGAAGUAGAAAAUGCUGAGGCAAAUUAUGUUUAGGAGUGUAACUCUUGGGGGUUUUGGCAAAUUAAAAGAAAAAACUAAUUUUUGGAAGUCUUCAUAAAUUUACUUACAUAGAAGGAGUAGAUCUUUGUGACUAAUAUACUUUUGCAAAAUAAGGAGCAGGAUAAGCUGAAAGGAUAGUUAAUAUUAAAAUUAACUUUCCUCCUUAAUUUCCAAAAGCUGAGGUCUUUAUGA